AUGUAUCUCCACAGGGUUGAGUUUACAGCCCUUGCUGCAGAUCCAUCUGUAGUCAAUCUUGGUCAGGGGUUUCCAGAUAUAUCACCUCCAUCUUAUGUCAAAGAAGGUCUUGCUCAAGUGUCGGCUGUGGACAGACUGAAUCAGUACACACGUGGCUUUGGUCACCCACCACUGGUAGAUGCCCUCUCUCAGGUUUAUGGCAAAGUGACUGGAAGGAAGAUCAAUCCAAACAAAGAUAUCCUUGUAACAGUGGGAGCAUAUGGAUCCCUUUUCAGUGCAAUCCAGGGGUUAGUAGAAGAAGGUGAUGAAGUGAUAAUUAUUGAUCCAUUUUACGACUGUUAUGAGCCUAUGAUAAAGAUGGCUGGGGCGAUGCCUGUCCACAUUCCACUGAGAUAUAAGGAUAGUGGAAAAGGAACAGUAUUGAGUUCUGACUGGGUUUUAGACCCUGGAGAACUAGCCAGCAAAUUCAGUUCCAAGACAAAGGCCAUUAUACUGAACACUCCAAACAAUCCUAUGGGCAAGGUAUACACAGCACAAGAGUUACAGGUCAUUGCAGAUUUGUGUAUAAAACAUGACACACUCUGUAUUAGUGAUGAAGUCUAUGAAUGGUUGGUGUUCUCUGGAAGCCGGCAUGUAAAAAUAGCAACUUUACCAGGAAUGUGGGAAAGGACUAUAACGAUAGGAAGUGCGGGAAAAGCAUACAGUGUUACAGGAUGGAAGAUUGGUUGGUCUAUUGGUCCUGAGCAUCUUAUUAAACAUUUACAAACUGUCCAUCAGAAUGUCUUGUACACCUGCGCUACUCCAUUACAGGAGGCCCUGGCCCAUUCUCUCUUCAAGGACUUCAAAAGGAUGGAUGAACCAGAAUGCUAUUUCAACUCACUACCCCGGGAAUUAGAAGCCAAGCGUGACCGAAUGGCUUGCUUGCUUCAGGAAGCUGGACUAAAGCCAGUUGUUCCAGAAGGAGGAUAUUUCAUGAUUGCAGAUGUUUCUGCACUCGGUAACAAACUAUGUUCACUCUGA